CCUUCACAACUUCGGACGCCAAAUCCCGGGCUCGGAUCUUCGCACCGAACAACCACCAAACCCGAACAAGUGAAUUCUUUCUGACUCAGGGUCCUUGUCUUUUGAUUUGGCCAGGAUCGAAUAAUAAUGUCCAACGAGCCGGAAAGUAAAGCUUUGACCGCCGCCACCAUGCCUCCGGAUAGCUGGCUUGGCAUACUGGAGCCAUCGCUAAGACGCAGAUUACAAAACCGACUCAACCAGCGUGCGCGACGGCGUCGUAUUCGAGAGUCUCAGUCAGGGAGUUGCGCUGAUGAACACCCGCCAACGCUUGCCCUUCGACCAGCCGAUCUUGUGCAGUUACUCCUGGGCAUAACACAGGACUUGCACAUUCUAGGUCCAGACUCCCGCAACACUGCGCAGAAGCUGCACCAACUGGAGACGGCAGCCAUGGCUCUGGCGUCUGCUGCUUGUGGCUCUCCGGUUGAAAGCCUGCGCCUUGGAGUCACGCGGCUUAAUACGCUGCGAGCGAUGCAUACCAACCUCACGGUUCUAGGCUAUGGCGAGCAAGACACGCAUGACGAUGCUCAAUCGGUAUUCACACUACAAGGGCCUGCCUUUCCGUUGAGUCAAGCCUACCCACAGAGGCAGCUCCCACCAGCAUUAGAGCCAACGGCCAUUCAGCGCCGCGUGCCGCAUCAUCCAUGGCUGGACCUGUUUCCUUUCCCACAUCUGCGCGAGACCCUAAUUCUUGCGCAGGACUGCAUCGAUGAGGACCAGCUGUGCCACGAUAUGUGUGGUCGUGGUCUGGAGGCGACGGGGAUUCUGGUGUGGACGGACCCGUGGGAUCCCACGGGGUGGGAGGUCACCGAGGCCUUCCUGUCGGUAUGGGGUUGGACGGUUCGUGAUUGCCAUGACCUUCUCCGUUCGACCAAUAUGUGGAGAGCCCGCCGGGGAGAGAAACGUCUACGGUUCACACGGGCGGAGGGUGGAAACGAACGCUCUCCGGUACACGGAUUGUGCCCGAAUUAGGAUACGAAUACUUCUUUUCGUGGGUUGUGCUCUGGUACGAGAUUACUUACGCGCCACAAAGAUGCGCAGCCGGCUCCGCGCUCGGUAUACACACAAUACACAUAUUUCAGCUGUGCUCCAUGAAUCUGGCUAUACAUACCAGUUUCAUCUCACGACUAUGCUCCCGCUGUUGAAAGCCGCCUCUUUACAGCCCUUUACUCACA